GCAACAACGUAGUGCACAUGGGUCACAACACCUAGUGACAUUUAUCGUUUUUAAAACCUUUUCGAUAUAUUAUAUUACAGUGGUUUGUGUGAAGUGACAACAUCAGAACUUAGUAUGGGUAAGAAGAAGGCAGGCGGAGGAGGCGGACUGGGCAGAGCUCUGAUAAAAGAGAGACUCCAGGCAGGCCGAGGAAACAAGAGGGGCGACUCAUGGCUCCACACCAGUGAGCUGAAUGAUGGCUAUGACUGGGGACGGCUGAACCUUCAGUCAGUGACAGAACAGAGUUCCAUGGAUGAUUUUCUGGCCACUGCUGAAUUGGCAGGAACAGAGUUUGUUGCAGAGAAACUCAACAUCAGGUUUGUGCCAGCGGAAGCUAGAGCAGGCUUAAUAACGGCUGAAGAGAGAACCAGGCUGGUGAAGCUGCAUGAAGACAACAAGCAUUUCCUCAGAAUUCCUCGACGCCCCCACUGGGAUGAAAGCACCAGUCCAGAUGCACUUCAGCAAGCAGAGAAAGACAGUUUCUUGGUGUGGAGACGAGACCUUGCACAGCUAGAGGAAGAACAGAAGUUGAUUCUCACCCCAUUUGAGAGGAACCUGGAGUUCUGGAGACAACUGUGGAGAGUGAUCGAGAGGAGUGAUGUCAUCGUUCAAAUUGUUGAUGCCAGAAAUCCUUUGCUGUUCAGGUGUCCUGACUUGGAGUCGUACGUAAAGGAAGUGUCAGAGCAUAAGGUGAACAUGCUGUUGGUGAAUAAGGCAGACCUGCUGACCCGGGAGCAGCGGCGAGCCUGGGCCAGGCACUUCCAGAAAGAAGGGCUCAGGGCAGUUUUCUGGUCUGCCCUGGCCGAGAGCAACAGACUGGAUGCAGAGGAUAAGGGCAUGGAAGUGGACGAUCCAGAGUGUGACGAGAGUGACCCAGAAGAGGAAGGGCAGCCAGACAAUGAAGUCUUGGCCCAAAAGGGGGCAGAGGGAGAGGAGGAGGUGAAAGCAGAAGGGGAGGAGGAUGAGGAGAGCGGUGCAGAGGAAGACCAUCAGAAAAAGAUACAUGUAGAAGAGGAAGAAUGGUACUCUUGCUCAGAAGAUGAGGGCGAAGAAGAGGAAGGGAUUGCUGGUUCAUCCAGUGAUUCCUCCUUCCACAACUCUAGCCGUCUACUACACAAGGAUGAGCUGCUGGACAUGUUCAAGGCUGUUCACAACGGGCCCAGGUGUAAAGAUGGGCAGCUGACAGUGGGACUGGUUGGGUAUCCUAAUGUGGGAAAGAGUUCCACCAUCAACACUAUUCUGAGGAACAAGAAGGUGUCUGUUUCAGCCACUCCUGGACACACUAAGCACUUUCAGACUCUGUAUGUGGAGCCAGGCAUGUGCCUCUGUGACUGUCCGGGUCUGGUCAUGCCCUCCUUUGUUUCCACCAAAGCUGAGAUGAUCUGCUCUGGGAUUCUGCCCAUAGAUCAGAUGAGAGAUCACGUACCUGCAGUCUCCCUGAUAUGUCAGACGAUCCCUCGGCAUGUGUUAGAAGGCACCUACGGCAUCAACAUCAUCCGACCCCGAGAAGACGAAGACCCAGACAGGCACCCCACCUCUGAGGAGAUGCUGAUGGCUUAUGGAUACAUGAGAGGCUUUAUGACGUCUCAUGGCCAGCCUGAUCAAUCCAGAUCAGCUCGGUACAUCCUGAAGGAUUAUGUCAACGGCAAGCUUCUGUACUGCCAUCCUCCUCCACAUAUUAAUGCUGAAGACUUCCAGCCGCAGCACAAAAAGUUCCUGAAUAGAGACUCAGACUGCUGUGACCUCUCUGCAGCAACAAACAAACAGAAAAUCAAGAGAAUUGAAAAUGUGGUCGACAAGAACUUCUUCCACCAGGAAAAUGUGCGGGCAUUCUCCAAGGGGGUUCAGUCCGUCAUGGGCUACAAACCAGGCAGUGGACCCGUCGGCCCGGGAAAAGCUGGAUCAGAGGUGGUGGAGGGAAAACCCUGGAAAAAACACGGCAACAGGAACAAGAAGGAGAAAGUGCGGCGUCUUAACAAACAUCUGGAUGCCUGAGGAUGAUUGAAAAUCAAAGCACUUUUAAUCACAGAUCAUUUCAGCAGAAAUGAAAAAACCCUGACGUACGGUUCACAUGUGAUUCCAAAGGAUUUAAUGCUGAGCAGUAUCUGUAGGUAGAUUCAGGCCCCUUAAUCCCCUUGAGUGUGGAGCCAUCAGGCUGUCUUCAUAUUAACAAAUGAGGUGCAUAAUCUGUCCUGCACUGCUCUGUUUAGACCAUAAUGGUGUAAUGCAUUCCAUCAACUGGAUCACCAGUUGUACACCAGGUCUCACCACAGUGAUCGGAAACGGACUCGACGUCCAGAGGGUAUGAAUUUUAUAAGACAUUUAAAAGGACAUUUUCAAUUUCUAUUUUGAAGCUGUUUCAAAAAACACAAAGGACUAUCUUUACCAAAUACAUGGCUGAAUGUUGGAUACUGCUUGUAUCCAUAUACAGCUGUGAUUAUUGUAACUAAGAUUAUGAAAUAAAUUGAUUGUUUUCAUGUU